GGCCAGAACGGAGCUUCUGCAGUUCUCUCCCUUCCACUCUAUCGUGUACAAUGGCGGGUCUUCACAGCCCUACCUGCUCCUUCUCCACAGCUUCAAUGGAGCUCACCUCCAUCUCCUCUCUACCGAACCCCAGAGCAGUUUUGGCCUCUCCUGUCGCCGUUCAGAAACCAUCAAGACUCACCCGUAGGAAAAACCACCUCCGCCCCAAAAUUCUCAAGACCCUGUCGCCUAACCCAACCCCGUCGCCGGUAACGGUAGCAGCCCCUCUCAUCAUCCAUGAAAAUCAAGAAACGCUGACCCAUUACGAUGUUGAGGAUGAAGCUUCUUCAGCUGAGCUUUCCUCGGCUGCUGAAACCCAUGAGGUUGAUGAAUUUCAUACCGCAAGUUCUGUUGCAGAAGAAAGCUUGGAUCUUGGCAAGUUUUCGACCAAGUCAGUUCUCAAAUUUGGGGCUUAUUUUGUUGGGCUUUUCUUGUUUCAAACAAUCUGUGCUGUCUGGUUCCUGGGUUCUGCUAGUUCUAGCUCAAGUACUGAAAAGCCGGAUGGUUCGGAGUCCAGUGUAGAUGAGAAAGACAGAGUGCAGAGCUUGAUUAAUGGCAAUGUUCGAAGAGGUUUUACUCGGGGGAAGGUCUCAUCAGAAAUGGGUGAUGCUGCUCUGUAUUUAGGUGAGGCUGAAAUGCAAAAGAAGAUUGAAGAGAUAAGGUUAAUGGCGAGGGAAGCUCGGAGGAGUGAAAGAAAGAACUUAGAGGGUGAGGCUGAGGGUGGUGAGACGGAAGAAGAGGAGUCGGCAUCAAAGAGUAGAAUUGCUUUUGAAAAAGAGAUUGGUACUCGGUUGAACAAGUUGCAGAAGGGGUUGAACUCUGUUAAGAAAUAUCCAGUUUCGUCAAAUGGUGUUUCGGGUCCAAAAGAAGUUGGUAGCGAUCUAGUGUUCAAGAAGAAGCUCAAGUUUAGAGGCACUUUGGCGGGAAAAAACAGCCAAGGCCCGAAAGGAUUUAGUUCGGAAAAUCAUAGCCCGGCAGCAACUCAAGGAAAUAGUAAUUCUCAGGAGUUGCGAAGGGAUGGCAUUGACUUCGAGAAUGGAGCAAAGGGAUCCGUUCCCCGAAAGGAAAUGGAGUUUACAAAAAGCAAAACUGCAGGUCCUCUCCAGAAGAGUAGUCAAGAACGUUCUUCUGUUGAAGUAGUUAACUCAGGAACAUCGAGAGAGGUCAUCGUGCAAAAUUCUCGAAUUGGGGGCAAUAAGGGUAGUGCCAAGAAGUCAGCUAGUCCUUCGAUGACUAGACAAAAAGAUGACACUGCUCGUUUCUGGUGGCUAAACCUGCCAUGCGUUUUCGCCAUAUUAAUGCGUCGAGCUUCCAAUUCUGAAGGACCAGAGGGACUUUUCACCGUGAAGAUUGCUUCAGACGAAGAUGACAAGAGCAUAUCCUCCUAUGUCGUUGCUUUUGAAGACCGUGUCGAUGCCAAUAACUUCUGUUACCUUUUGGAAUCCUUCUUUGAGGAGCUUGGUGACUUCAGCGCUGACAUUGUGCCCUUGUUGAGGAAAGAACUCGAGGAGGCAGUGAAAACGAAAAAUAUGAAAAUCUUUGUUCUAAGGAAGGGGCAGCUUCGUCUUUACGCCGGGCAACCAUUUUCGGAUGUAGAGUCAGACUUGAUGUCUUUGGUUAAGGAAAAUCAAAGUGUUUACAGGUAGAGCUUUGUAUGCUGGAACAAAGCUUUUAUCAUCCGGUCAUGCCAAACAGCCUGUCCAAGGAGAAAUGAGUCAGAGAAUGCCGAGAACACUCAAGAACUUCUCCAUCAAUCGUCUAAUUUGAUCGAGAAUUUUGAUCAAACCAAACACUUAGCCUCACUUAUCGGGAGUUACAGAGAUCUCCACAGGUUGAAACCUAAUUUAUGGUAAUUGAGUUUGAGAAAAGAGAAAGUUGAGGAGGUUUCUAUCAUGCAGAGAGGCCAUUGUUUUUGUUUGAUUAAUAAGAUGAGAAGCAAAAGUUUUGUUCGGCUUAAUUUGUAGCAAAGGUCCCUCAGCUGUUUAGCCGCACUGACAGUGUAGAAUUUUUCAGUUUACUUACGUUGCUGGAGCUGUUUGUGUUCUUCAUCAGAACAUAGGUGUCUCGGGUGUAAAAUUGUGUUGAAAUCAAUUGAUUUUGCCGUUAAAUUUCUAA